CUGGAGGGCGGCCGGGUGGCGGCGGUGGCAUGGCAGAGCCGAGCGGGGCCGAGACGUGGCCCCCCAUUCGGGUCACCGUCAAGACCCCCAAGGACAAGGAGGAAAUUGUGAUCUGCGAUCGAGCCUUGGUCAAGGAGUUCAAAGAGGAAAUCUCCCGGAGGUUUAAGGCUCAGCAGGAUCAGCUGGUCGUGAUCUUCGCAGGCAAGAUCCUCAAGGAUGGGGACACACUGAACCAGCACGGAAUCAAGGACGGGCUCACUGUCCAUCUGGUCAUCAAGACCCCUCAGAAGGCUCAAGAUCCAGCUGCUGCCACUUCUUCUUCCCCCUCCACACCUGACCCUGCCUCAGCACCCUCCACCACGCCUGCUUCACCCGCCACCCCUGCCCAGCCCUCCACCUCUGGCAGUGCCUCUUCGGAUGCUGGCAGUGGAAGCCGGAGGAGCAGUGGUGGGGGGCCCUCUCCAGGGGCUGGGGAGGGAUCCCCCAGUGCUACUGCGUCCAUACUCUCUGGCUUUGGGGGCAUCCUGGGGCUGGGCAGCCUGGGCCUGGGCUCUGCCAACUUCAUGGAGCUGCAGCAGCAGAUGCAGAGGCAGCUGAUGUCCAAUCCUGAGAUGCUGUCGCAGAUCAUGGAGAACCCCCUGGUCCAGGAUAUGAUGUCUAACCCUGAACUGAUGCGUCACAUGAUUAUGGCCAACCCCCAGAUGCAGCAGUUGAUGGAGCGGAACCCUGAGAUCAGCCACAUGCUCAAUAACCCUGAACUCAUGAGGCAGACAAUGGAGCUUGCUCGGAAUCCAGCCAUGAUGCAAGAGAUGAUGCGGAACCAGGACUGGGCCCUGAGCAACCUUGAGAGCAUCCCUGGAGGGUAUAAUGCCCUCCGCCGCAUGUACACGGACAUCCAGGAGCCCAUGUUCAGUGCUGCCCGGGAAGAGUUUGGCAACAAUCCCUUCUCUUCCCUGGCCGGGAACUCCGACAGCUCAUCCUCCCAGCCUCUGUGGACUGAGAAUCGAGAGCUCCUCCCUAACCCCUGGAGCCCCUCGCCCCCCACCUCCCAGGCCCCCGGGUCCGGUGGGGAGGGCACCGGAGGAUCGGGGACCAGCCAGGUGCACCCGACGGUCUCGAACCCCUUUGGGAUCAAUGCGGCUAGCCUGGGGUCAGGGAUGUUCAAUAGCCCAGAAAUGCAAGCCCUCCUCCAGCAGAUCUCUGAGAACCCCCAGCUGAUGCAGAAUGUGAUCUCAGCAUCCUACAUGCGCAGCAUGAUGCAGACACUUGCCCAGAACCCCGACUUUGCUGCUCAGAUGAUGGUGAAUGUGCCGCUCUUCGCGGGGAACCCCCAACUGCCGGAGCAGCUCCGCCUGCAGCUCCCAGUCUUCCUGCAGCAGAUGCAGAACCCAGAGUCACUCUUCAUCCUUACCAAUCCCCGAGCCAUGCAGGCAUUGCUGCAGAUCCAGCAGGGACUACAGACCUUGCAGACCGAGGCCCCUGGGUGCUCCUUUGGGAUGUCCCGGACCCCAGCACCCUCAGCAGGCAGCAACGCAGGGUCUACGCCCGAGGCCCCCACUUCCUCACCAGCCACGCCAGCCACAUCUUCUCCAACAGGGGCUUCCAGCACCCAGCAGCAACUCAUGCAGCAGAUGAUCCAGCUUUUGGCCGGAAGUGGAAACUCACAGGUGCAGACGCCAGAAGUGAGAUUUCAGCAGCAGCUGGAGCAGCUCAACUCCAUGGGCUUCAUCUAUCGUGAGGCCAACCUGCAGGCCCUGAUUGCCACAGGAGGGGACAUCAACGCAGCUAUCGAGAGACUGCUGGGCUCCCAGCUCUCCUAAUCCCUCGGCCCCUGCCUCCUGCCUCUCCCCUCCCUCGAUGUCAGCAUUCGGUUCUUCUGUCAAUCCUUACCCUCUGCAGCUUGUCAUCCCUUCCGUCUUCUCCCUCAUCCUUUCCAAACAGCAGGGUGACUUUAGAGGCAUGGGCUCCAACCCCUUAGCUCUGUCUGAGAAUUAUGGUUUUACUGCUACGUCUCUAACAGAAUCUUCUCUCCUGGUCUCCUUGAGCAGUGCUACUUAAACAGUUUUCACAGUUUCAUUGAUUGACUCUACCUCCUUGCCCCACACCACUUUUGCAGUCUUUAAACUUUCAGUGGCUGGGCAGAGUCGAGGGAGGAACCAGCUCUCUGGUUUACUGGAACAUAGUCUUCCAUCUAUACCACUAGGGUUUUGUCUUAUGUUUACUUUUGGUAACUCUCCUCCUCCUUUUUCUCCCUACCCCGCAACCCCUAGCCCAACCAAUGCUAGAAUUUCUCGCUCUGAAGGAGGAGCAGGUGAAACAGGUGGUAAUUUUCCUCCUCGGCCCCUAUUGUGGUUCAUUCAGCACUUUUUGGUGGGAACUGUUGGAAAUUCCAGGGUAAGGAGGAAGACGCCUGUUCUCCCUGUCUGAAGAGGGAGAUGAGACAGCUCUCUGGACAGGAAUUAACAAACCCUGGAGCAGCCCAGAGGAAAUUGGUGUGAAAGAGGAGGGAAUGAGAUUAUUCGGAGGAAGGGAAUGGGGGAGACAGCCUGAGUAAAAGGCUUGGAAGUUGGAAUUAACAGUGGGGAGCAGAAGCACUCAUAGCUCUUUUAGGCAGAAGAA